CCUCUAUAGCCCCGCCCCCCCCGCUCUGCCCCGCCCACACCCCCCAAGGUCACGCGGUACCCGGUGGUGGCGAUGGCGUUCGGCGCCUACCUCAAGCACCUGUGGAACAAGGAGCCAGUGAUCAUGGCGUCCUUGGGAAUCGGCACGAUCGCGCUGAUUCUGCCAUUCGUGAGCCCCCUCACCAAGUACUCGAGAAAGUUGAGCCUGGCGAGCCCGUACUACUAUCCGGUGCCUGUGCGGGAUGACGGCAACAUGCCCGACGUGCCGCAACACCCAUGCGAGAAAAAGGGCAACAGCCUUGAAUGGCUCAAGAACUUCUAAGCAACGGCCGCCAACACGACGCUCAACGAAUCUGGUGGCUUCCGAACGCGGGCGCACGCUCACUCCCCCACCACCACCGUCAUCAGAGAUGCGUUGCUUUGUUGGCACCACCAACAGUCGGAAAGGAAGUUAUUUCGUCCCACCACCUCCAGUCGCAUAUUUCCUUGUAUAAUUUAAAAUAGAGUUUUGCCGUCGCUGCGCGUACGGAAUGUCACGCGGAUCAAUGCAAGUCGCGCGCGUAAAUGGCUCGGCAAAUAAAGAGUAACUUGAAGUUACCGUUAAA